UGUGACAGCUGACGCACGAAUUAAAAUUUUGACACAACAUUUUAAUUUUUCUAAUUUUGUGAUGUGUUGUUGAACUUGAUAACUUUAAUUAUUCUCGUCCGGUACGAGUAUUUGUCUAGUGAGUACCCAAUGUUUAAAAUUAUGCAGAUGUCUUAAAACCCCGUAAAAAUGGACCAUGUAACCCUUGACGUUUCUGGUGGUAGUGAAAACAUCCAUGAUAAAAGAAGAAGCAAAAGCUUGAAAAGGCACUGGAACGAACUUUCUAAAUGUCAGAGAAAUUGUAUUUACACAGUGGUUAUUGUGUUGACGUUAACUGUAUUUUAUUUGGUGUCCACGGAGUCAGACAAGACACAGUUAAGUAGUAUGACUGAAAUUGUGAGUGAUAGCAGAAAAGAAGUGUUAAGUAAUAUUAGAAAUGACCCCAGAGACGUCGAUACAAUCUUCAACGAAAUGGAGCAUGGGGGACAGGUCCUCGAAGAGCCUGCAGGUGUUGAAAUUGAAAACAAUAGAAAUCAGGUUCUUUUGCCCCCGAAAAUUUUAAAGAAAUUUACUGGGCCUACAACACCACGACAGGAAGCAGUUGUAAAAGCAUUUAAGCAUGCAUGGCAGGGAUAUAAGCAAUUUGCAUGGGGUCAUGACCAUUUAAAGCCAAUCACUGAAGGAUACAAUGAUUGGUUUGGGCUUGGAUUAACUAUAAUAGAUUCAAUAGACACAAUUUAUAUUAUGGGGCUAACGAAAGAAUAUAAUGAAGCAAGAGACUGGGUUGAAAAACAUCUACAUUUUGAUGUGAACAGAGAUGUGAAUUUGUUUGAAGUAACAAUCAGAGUUCUAGGGGGUCUACUCAGUAUUUAUCAUUUGACUCAGGACAAGAUGUUUCUUACCAAAGCUGUUGAUUUAGCUGAUCGAUUACUGCCAAGUUUUGAAUCAGAAUCAGGAAUUCCAUAUUCUGAUGUUAAUUUAUUUACAAGAAAAGCACAUGCACCAAAGUGGUCUCCCGACAGUAGUACAUCGGAAGUGACUACAAUACAGCUGGAGUUUAGAGAUUUAAGUAGGGCCACGGGAAACCCUAAAUAUGAAAAUGUGGUUUCUAAAGUCUCACAACACAUUCACACUUUAGAAAAGAAAGAUGGGUUAGUUCCUAUUUUUAUAAAUGCAAACACGGGUCAGUUUAGAUCUUAUGCCACCAUCACAUUGGGAGCUAGAGGUGAUAGUUAUUAUGAAUAUUUACUCAAACAGUGGUUACAAACAGGCAAAACAAUUGAUUAUUUAAGAGAUGAUUAUGUCACAAGUAUAACAGGAGUUGAGAAAAAUUUGGUACGAAGAACAGUUCCUAAUGGUUUUCUCUUCAUUGGGGAAUUGCUUGUUGGUGGUAAAGAUUUUAAACCAAAGAUGGACCAUCUUACUUGUUACUUACCUGGUACCUUGGCCCUCGGUGUCCACAAUGGUCUUCCAGAUAGUCAUAUGAAAUUAGCAGAAGAAUUACUUACAACAUGUUAUCAGACCUAUGCUCAACAGCCUACGUUCUUAGCGCCUGAAAUUACUUAUUUCAAUAUUCAAGGUGAAAACUCUAAUGAUAUUUAUGUGAAGAAUAAUGAUGCUCAUAAUUUACUUCGGCCUGAGUAUAUAGAAAGUCUUUGGUACGUGUACCAAUUUACGAGCAACAAGACUUACCAGGAUUGGGGUUGGCAAAUUUUCCAAGGGUUUGAAAAUUACACAAAGGUUAAAAAUGGUUAUACUUCCAUCGGAAAUGUGAAAAAUCCGCUAAAUGUAAGACCGAAAGAUAUGAUGGAGUCGUUCUUUCUGAGUGAAACGUUGAAGUAUUUGUAUUUGUUGUUCAGUGAUGAUCCAAAGUUGUUAGAUUUGGACACAUAUGUUAUUAAUUCAGAAGCACAUCCUUUACCCAUAUACACGUCGUGACUUUUCUUAUUAGAAAUAAAUGCGUCUAGUCGAUUUUCAAAAAUUUAUUUUUUUUGUCACAUUUUUGUAAUUUUAAAUUGGUGCUUUUAUUUUAAGUGAUGUUCACUUUGUAAUACUCAGGUGGACCAUAUUUUAGUUAUCCACUAAUAUUUCAAAUUUCUGAGAAAAAAUAGUUUUUGAUAACACAUGAAUUGUAUUUUCAGUGCUUUAAAACCCGUUAUUUAGUCAUUUCCUGAAAGUGCAUGUUCUUAUAUGUAACGUAUGAUUUUGUACAAAGAUUGAAAAAAGUAAAAUUUUAUAUGACUUUUUCAUUUUCCAGAUCAAUCAUUUAAAAUUGCUUUAGUCGGAUCUUUGCUGCUUAAUAUCAUAGUUUUUACUUAUAAAAAGUCUUUAUGACUUAGAACAUAUCAAAGCCCUUCCAGAUCUCAUUCACAAUAACGUUUUAAAACACCUGCAAAUUUUCAACCAAGUGGACUACAAACGCUAUUUUUUCUCACACUAAACGUUUUUGAUAAUAUUACCGUGAGUUAUAUUACGUGGAAUACCUGAAUAAUGCUAGUGAUAAAAUGUUCGGUUUUAUAACAUUCACUGUAAAAUUUCAUUGUCGCUUCAUAUAUCGUUCGCUUUUAUUGUCAGAGAAAAUUUAGGUAGGCCAGUAUCUUUUAAUUAUAAGAACGAAAACCCUGCUUCAUUUAUUUAUUUUUUCUUAAAUGUAUGCAAGUACUUAAAAUCAUUUUUAUACUGAAUUACACUUUUAUAAUGUGAAAUUAAAUGGGUUAUGUGUCUAGGAGUAGGCAGAUACAUUGAAAAUAGUGGAAAAUGACUAUGUGGGUUUCAUUAGUGAUUCAAUUAAUUCUUUAACACUUAAAGACUGAGGGAGGCUUUCUUUUUUGUAAAAUGCCAACAGAGAUUAUAAAUUUUACGUUUUAAUGUUGAAAAAUAAGCAUGUCAGUGCUUCUUAGUGUCUGAACACUUUUUACACGCUGUGGAGAUUAUAAUUAUGCCGAUGCUCUCUAAGAAGCGCUGAUGUUUUGUUAUAUAUUUUUUUUCGUGUGCAGUUGUAAUAUUUUGUUUUUGUAUACGGCGUUUGAUAAAGGGAUCGAAAAUCCAGAUGAAUGUGAAUAUAACAAAUAGUUAAUUGUUGUAAAUUGUGUUAUUUAGUUAUAAUUAGACCAAAAAAUAUUAAUUUCACUGUUGAUGAUACAAUAGCGAUUUAAAUUUAGAAGUGCACGCUUGUAGGUAUACAAUCGUUAUCGGAAGAUUGUCCGUGCUUGGUAAACUGCUGAUCAUUUGUAGCGACUCUAUUCCAUUUACAAACAUUUCAAUUCAUUGUAGCAUUUAAAAUGAAAUUUACGUCUAAUGAACACUUAUUUUUUAUAAGUGAGUAAAUCUAUUUCACACUGUAGAAAGGAGGAAAAUAGACAUUUUUACUCAC